UGCAAAAGCCAGAAGGUUGCACUGUUGCAAUUGGUAAAUUUAAGCCUUGGUGGCAAGUUCAAGUUGAAGUUGUUUAAUGAAAUCAGAAUUGAGAAUAGAAGAAACAAAUUACCUGGUAACGUUGAAGAAAAUCGUGAAAAUGGUGGUUUAAGAAGUAAUAAAAAGCUUGAAGACUGGUCAAGUUAUAAAAAAACAACAUUUGUAAUUACUAAUAAAAAUGUCUCAAAUGAAUAUGCAAUGGAUAAAAGCAGUAUAGUGAAAAAUGAUGCCAAAGUGAAAAUAAAUUUGUGGAUAUUAGGUGUGUCAAAG